GUCUGCGGAAGCAUAAACUCAAAAUGGGACACACAAUUUUGGAGAAGAUAAUUGCACUGCAGAAGAAAACGUCAAACAUUAGGAAUCUGUGUAUUCUUGCUCAUGUAGAUCAUGGGAAGACAACAUUAGCAGAUUGCCUGGUUGCGAAUAAUGGCAUUAUAUCCAGUCGUUUAGCAGGAAAGCUGAGAUACCUGGACAGCAGGGAAGAUGAGCAGAUUAGAGGAAUCACUAUGAAAUCCAGUGGUAUUUCAUUACAUUACUCAACAGGUGGAAACGAGUACCUCAUUAACCUUAUAGACUCUCCCGGUCAUGUGGAUUUCUCCUCUGAGGUUUCCACUGCCGUCAGACUGUGUGAUGGAGCUAUUGUAGUUGUUGAUGCAGUCGAGGGAGUUUGUCCACAGACACAGGUUGUUUUACGACAAGCUUGGCUAGAGAAUAUCCGUCCUGUGCUCGUCAUCAACAAAAUUGACCGGCUGAUUGUGGAGCUGAAACUCACUUCUCAAGAAGCGUACACACAUCUGCAGAAAAUACUAGAGCAGGUGAACGCAGUCACAGGUGCUCUGUUUACCUCUAAAGUUCUGGAGGAGCGAGCUGAGAAGGAUGCAGGUGCUACAAGCAGCUGUACAGAGCACAGCAGUGGGGAUCAGGUAUAUGAUUGGAGCGCAGGUUUGGAGGAAACAGAUGACUCUGACCUCUACUUCAGCCCUGACCAGGGCAAUGUGGUGUUUGCCAGCGCUAUAGACGGCUGGGGUUUCAGAAUCCAUCAGUUUGCUGAGAUGUACAGUCAGAAGAUGGGCAUCCGUUCCUCUGUAUUGCUAAAGACACUAUGGGGAGAUUUCUACAUCAAUACCAAAGCAAAAAAAAUAAUGAAAGGAGCUCAGGCCAAAGGAAAGAAGCCGCUUUUUGUGCAGCUUGUCCUGGAUAAUAUCUGGAAUUUGUAUGAUGCUGUAGUCACUAGAAGGGACAAAGAAAAAGUGGAGAAGAUGGUAACCUCUUUGGGCUUAAAGGUCAUGUCUCGUGACCUGAGACACUCAGAUCCCAGAGUUGUCCUCAGUGCUAUCUGCAGCCAGUGGCUUCCUGUAUCUCAAGCUGUACUCUCAAUGGUGUGUGAAAAGUUGCCCAGCCCAGCCGAGAUCGUGGCUGAGAGAGUGGAAAAACUGAUGAGCGUGGGAGCCCGCAGAUUUGACUCUCUUCCCGAGAAGACACAAGAGCUAAAAAAAGCAUUUCUAGAUUGUUCGGCUGAUGAGAUGGCACCAGUAAUUGUCUUUGUGUCAAAGAUGUUUGCCGUGGACUCCAAAGCUCUUCCACAGAACAAAAAGAGGCCAUUGACACAGGAGGAGAUUGCCCAGAGAAGGGAACUGGCCAGGCAGCGGCACAGCGAGAGACAAGCAGCCAAUCAGAUCACAGAAACCUCUGUGUCAGCGGAUGCUGGAGGGACUUCUAUCCUAGCAGCCCCAGCCACCAGUAGUGACACAGAUGCUCUGUGUGCACAGACGGAGGAUCUUUCGGUCAAAACAGCAGUCGAGGAGGAAGGCAAAGAGCAUUUUGUGGCCUUUGCACGGGUCUACAGUGGUGUCAUUAGAAAAGGCCAAAAGGUGUUUGUGCUCGGACCCAAAUAUGACCCAUCGAUUGCGCUCAGAAUGCUGUCUGAGGGUUGUUCAGCAACUGAUGCUUUGCCCACCAUCCCCCACAUGGCCUGCUGUACGGUGGACAGUCUUUACCUACUGAUGGGCCGUGAGCUGGAAGAAUUGGAUGAAGUUCCCUCAGGAAAUGUUCUCGGUAUUGGUGGAAUGGAGGAAUUCAUUCUCAAGUCAGCAACCAUCUCUACGUCUCCUGCCUGCCCGCCCUUCACGCCACUCAACUUUGAAGCCACACCCAUUGUCAGAGUAGCAGUUGAGCCCAAGCAUCCAAGUGAUAUGCCGAAGCUGGUGCGAGGUAUGAGGCUGUUGAACCAGGCAGACCCAUGUGCAGAGGUGUUGAUUCAGGAAACAGGUGAACAUGUUCUGGUCACUGCAGGGGAAAUGCACCUACAACGCUGCCUUGAUGACUUGAGAGAAAGGUUUGCUAAAAUUGAGAUCAGUGCUUCCAAACCAAUCAUACCAUUCCGUGAGACUGUGGUCCGACCACCCACAUUAGACAUGGUGAACGAGGAGCUUGGUAAGCAACAGAAGGUUGCUGUGAUUCACCAGGUAAAGGAGGAACAAACCAAGAACCCUGAAGGCGUCCAGGUGGAUUCCACCGGUCUGGUCAUGCUCACCACCCCUAACAAGAUGGCCACGGUUGGGGUGCGGGCUAUCCCUCUUCCAGAGGAUGUCACCCGCCUUCUGGAGGACAACGUAGAGCUAAUUCGUACAAUGGUGCAGUUAAGCCUGUUUGCCUGGGAGGGCAAGACUCUGGACAUCAACCAGAAAAUUGUGGAGAACAUUCAGGACUUUAAGGUUAAGUUGGAGAGCCACCUGCAAGGCCACAAAUGGAGGGGCGCAGUGGAGCGUAUCUGGGCAUUUGGCCCUCGUCGCUGUGGGCCAAAUGUUCUUCUCAACAACAUUGAGGGCUACCAAAGACCUUCUGUGUGGCAAUGUCUGAAAUGCGUGAAGGAGAAAGAGAAAUCCGAGGCCACCACAAUUAGAGACUUGGACAACAGCAUUGUAAGUGGCUUCCAGUUGGCCACACUCUCUGGCCCAAUGUGUGAAGAACCUUUGAUGGGUGUCUGCUUCUCGGUAGAGACCUGGGACAUGAAGUUAUCUAUACCUCUUUCUCAAUGUGCAGAGACAAGUAAUGACAACCAAAGUUUAAGUUCUGAACUUCAAGAUGUGCACGAGACAGACAUGUCAACCACAUGCUCUAACCGAAGCAGGAGCAGAGUAGAAGCCAUGGGGAGUUCAGUGGACUGUUACGGGCCAUACUCAGGCCAACUCAUUGCUUCUGUGAAAGAGGCCUGCCGAUAUGCCUUCCAAGCCAAGCCUCAACGGCUAAUGGCUGCUAUGUACACCUGCGAGAUCAUGGCCACUGCCGAGGUCCUAGGUCGUAUGUAUGGUGUUUUAUCGAAGCGGGAAGGACGAGUCCUACAUGAAGAGAUGAAAGAAGGGACAGAUAUGUUCAUCAUUAAAGCGGUACUUCCUGUUGCUGAGAGCUUCGGAUUCGCUGACGAAAUCAGGAAGAGGACCAGCGGCCUGGCCUGCCCACAACUUGUGUUCAGCCACUGGGAGGUUAUCUCCAGUGAUCCUUUCUGGGUGCCCACUACUGAGGAGGAGUACUUGCACUUUGGAGAAAAAGCAGACUCUGCCAAUCAGGCUCUGAAAUAUAUGAACGCCGUACGCAGACGCAAAGGCCUCUAUGUCGAAGAGAAGAUAGUAGAACAUGCGGAAAAACAACGAACUCUCGGCAAGAAUAAAUGAACCUUCCAUCUCCUAACUCACUCGGUCUUCAGUAAAGAAACACGAGCAGAACAAGUUUUGGUGUAUACCGUUCGCAACAUCAUUCUUACAUGCAUUUUUGCAUUGUUGUAAACUGCCUCAAUAGUUCACUAUGAUGAUUUGCAUGUAUUGUGAAUAGUUUACACAGAAAUAAGUGGCACAGUGAUAUGUUUAGUGCCACUCACAGCCUGACAUAUAAGCAACCACUCCUUUAAAAUAUGCUUGAUAUAAUAUUAAUGUCUCUAAUGACCAACCUUAAGGACUGAGAGUGCCAGGGUAGUGAUUCAGUAAUUAUGGUCCGAAAUUGAAGUUGAAUUCAUAACAAUCCACAGUUUGGAUCGUACACAUACAUUUCAUAUUGCAAAUUCAUAGAAAACUUGUUGAACACCUCAUAACCUAAUAUCAGUUUAAAGCCAUUGCUGAAGCACUCAAGUGCACAUGGUGAGCUCAUUUUGAAUUACAACUGAAAAUAAUGUAUUUAGUCUUUAUUCAUCAUCACUAUAUUGUAAAAAUGUGCAACACUUGCACUACACUCUUUAACCUAAUGCUGUUCAUUUUAUUCAAUAAUUGCAGCGAAUUACACAAUUAUUUGAGACAUUUUUGUGAAUUUGGACUGGAUUGAAGGAUUUUGUGAUUUCUUCUUGUGGAAGAUCUUUGCAGAGUUAUUUGAGUUAGUUUUCCCCUCUUCACAUGUUCCUAAACCAUUCUUUUUUCAGUUUAUUUAAAGCUAGAUUAAACCUUACAAAUAAAGGGACAUGCUCCUGAAUCAUGGCAUAUCUCCUUACGUGUUUGGGAUCUUGUUCAGGGGUCUGGAUUUGCAUAAUUUAAGAGUCCUCUUUAAAUAAACUUUCAAUUAUUUUGAAGCAAAGCAGCCUUGAAAUGAAUACAUCUAUCUCUCCCCUUUGGUUUACAAAUGUUUAAAUCCUUAACUUAUGUUGUGUGGAACACAAAUUCAAUGGCAUUGGGAGAAUUAUUUUAAUUCUUUAAUAAAAAAGAUAAAAUAUCUUGCAAGGAGCUCCCAGAAUACUGCAGACUGCAGAAUAUUAGACAUGUUUUUCCUUCGUUCUAUGAUGUUAAAAUGAAACCAAAUCUACAAAAAGUGUAGAUUUACUACCAAGAAAUUGGAAAUAAA